GGGCCUCCCGGGUCGAGGCGGGGUCAAGGGUCAGCAGGCGGAGGUACGCCCAAGAUGGCGGCCUCCAUGUGCGACGUGUUCUCCUUCUGCGUGGGCGUGGCGGGCCGAGCCCGGGUAGCCGUGGAAGUCCGCUUCGUGAGCAGCGCCAAGGGAAAGGGGUUGUUUGCCACACAGCCGAUCCAGAAGGGGGAGACCAUAUUCAUCGAACGGCCCCUGGUGGCUGCACAGUUUCUCUGGAAUGCACUUUAUCGCUACCGAGGUGAGCACAUCUCACCUACUCCUGAGGGCUGUUGGGCCCAGCAGCCUUUGCGCAUGGAAGAGACCUGUGACCACUGCCUUCGGGCACUGGAGAAGGCAGAGGAGAACGCCCAGAGACUGACUGGGAAACCAGGCCAGGUUUUGCCUCACCCUGAGCUGUGCACUGUGCGCAAGGACCUGCACCAGAAUUGUCCCCACUGCCAGGUGACGUACUGCAGUACAGAAUGUCUGCUAGCCGCAGCUGAGCAAUACCAUCGGGUCCUGUGCCCAGGCCCCUCCCAGGAUGACCCCCUGCAUCCUCUCAAUAAGCUACAGGAGGCAUGGAGGAGUGUUCACUACCCCCCUGAGACUGCAAGCAUCAUGUUGAUGGCCCGGAUGGUGGCCACAGUGAAACAGGCUAAGGAUAAGGAUUGUUGGAUCAGGCUCUUCUCCCAGUUCUGUAAUAAAACCGCCAAUGAGGAGGAGGAAAUUGUCCACAAACUCCUGGGGGACAAAUUCAAGGGCCAGCUGGAGCUUCUGCGGAGACUCUUCACAGAGGCCCUUUAUGAGGAAGCACUCAGCCAGUGGUUCACUCCGGAUGGAUUCCGGUCUCUCUUUGCUCUUGUUGGGACCAAUGGCCAAGGAAUUGGGACCAGCUCCCUGAGCCAGUGGGUGCAUGCCUGUGACGCUCUGGAGCUGAAGCCUCAGGACCGUGAGCAGCUGGACGCCUUCAUUGACCAGCUGUACAAGGACAUCGAGACAGCAACUGGUGAGUUUCUUAACUGUGAAGGAUCUGGCCUCUUUGUGCUGCAGAGCUGCUGCAACCACAGCUGUGUCCCCAAUGCAGAGACCUCCUUCCCAGAAAACAACUUCCUUUUGCAUGUCACCGCCCUGGAGGAUAUUAAGCCAGGAGAGGAAAUCUGCAUCAGCUACUUAGACUGCUGUCAGCGGGAGCGCAGCCGCCAUAGCCGCCACAAGAUCCUCAGGGAGAACUAUCUGUUUGUCUGUUCCUGCCCCAAAUGUCUGGCAGAGGCUGAUGAACCCAACAUGACCUCUGAGGAGGAGGACGAUGAAGAGGAUGAGGAAGGAGAGCCGGAAGAUGCUGAGCUGGGGGAUGAGAUGACUGAUGUGUGAUGUCAUCCUGCCUGGAAGUGGUCCUACCCUAGACCCUGCCAGAAGAGGGGGCCUUCCCCCAGAGCAGAGGCUUGGAAGGAACUCCCACUCCUGUUGCCUGCUUUCCCCCCAUGCCAGCUCUGUUUCUUCCAGAGGGUAAGACAGGCUGGACCCUAGGCCCUCCACCUCCCGCCAGACCUCAUGCCCAGGACACUGCUGUUGAGCGGCUCAGGCUCUGCGCUGUCACUGAGCCUCUCAGAACUGGCCUCCCCCUGAGGUAUGGGUGUAAGUGGCUGGAACCAAGGUCAGGGCCUAACAGUGUUUCUUCCCCUUGGCUCCAUGGCCCCACUUACUCAUCCACCUAAGGCUUCACCCUUCUCAACUCACUGUUGGGGGGGGGGGUGGUUGGGUCACAAAGUGGCAACCUGCGAACAGCCUGACUCCAUUGAAGAGAGGGGGUUAGACACCCUUACCCUCUUCCCCACUAGCACAGCUGGGAGAGGCAAGAGGGAGGAACUGGGCCUCCAGAGCACCUUCCUAAGGCUUUCUGUGGGGGACACUGAACCGGGGGCAUUACCUCCCUCUGCUCACCUCCCCACACCCACCAUUUAGACAUCCGGGGAGUAGAGAAUCUCCCCAGACCCCAGAAUCUGUCCUUAUGCCUUGCCUCUCAGGCCCUGGCACAGUGCCUGGCCUCACAGGGUGUGGAAGAGGUCUCUGCCUCCCUUGGGAGGGACAUCAUGACCCCUUCCUCCCACCCUCCUCCCACUGAGGACUCUAGCAGCAUGGCUGAAUUCUGGGGGAUGAAAGGCCUGUGCUCCGUAAUUUAGGAUGUCCUAGAAUCUUCUAGAGCAUGGGUCAGUGAGGGGCUCUCCUAGUCUCAGUCUCCAUCUUUAGGAUCAUUUAGGAACACUGAAGUCUUCCAGAAACCUAGGAGAGCUAGGCUAGAUACUCAGAUUAGCCCUGACUCUCCCUCUCCUCCCCAGAUUAGCACUACCCCUUACUCUUGGGUUGGAAGCUGUGGAAAUUAUAACCUAUCACCUGCAAUUCCUUUCUGCCUACCUUUCCUGAGGGGCUGCCACAUGCCCCUGCUGAGGGAUCCCAGGGAGGGCAGGUGCCGCCCCACAGGCCCUUUCCUGCAUCGUGAGCCAGGUGGAAUCUGCCUGUCUGGCCUAUUGGGUUCUUAAUCCUUCGCAGUAGCCAGCACCCCCUCCCCACCGCCCACUGUUCUCAAUAAAAUAUGAGUGGUGACAGGC